CGUAACAGUUAGCCGUACAAGUUUGAAGGCUCUGCAAACAAGGUACUGAAAUCGCAAGAAGUCGCUCAAACAUGCCAAACCUUUGACUAAGGUUUCUGUUAAUAAUGAAAGGAACAGCCAAAAGCAAGGUGGUGACAUCAGGGAGGCUGACAGGACGAGUCAAAUUGCAAUCAGUUAGAAGAAGGAUUUCCCAGCAUGCAGCCUCAUCCCCUUCAUGCCCAGAGCCGGCCUUCUCGCUUUACUCCACAGACUCUGACAACCAGGUCACGACUCUCCAUAAAGGUCUGGACCGAUGUGCUGCCUUGCUCGAUGGCAUCCUGCAGGCUGAGACAACGGAAGCCUUGCCAAGCGUUCCUCGAGCUCUGAAAGGUGGAGCAGCUAAGGCUAAACCAGUAACUACACAGGGGAAAAAGACUAUCAAGAAAGUCCCUCCUCAGACAGAUAAGAGGAUCAGCCGGUCGGUCCAGCAUGCAGCCGGCAGCCGAACUCCAAAAACACCACAUCAGCCUGCACGUGUUCCUGCUGCACACUCAGGGGUGAAGCUGCAUCCUCCUCAGAAACAUCCUCACACACCAAAGCACAUCUCUGCUCCUCCACUAAAGACUCAAACCUCCACAGCCCCUCCCUCCAGUGUUCCUCCUAAGUCCAACACCAACCACUGCUCUGCUGCUGAAGCUCCAAACUCUCACUGUGAAGGAGAUGAUGGAGAGCUGGUCCCUGUUAGAGACGGAGACACAAACACCUUACAGACCUCUGACAUCCAGCUGGAUCACGACCCCACUGCACAGAGAGAUGAAGGCGUCCUGCAGGACUCACAUGGCUGCAGAGAAGAGAGAGUGAGGGAGGCUGGAGAGCUGCUGGGAGAACUCCGAGCUCUCAUUGCAGGACAAGGCAGUGCAGCAGAGAUUCUCCUCGGUCACCUGGAGCAGACUGUGUCAUCAUCAUCAUCAUCUCUGAUGAAGGCUGCAGACAUUCAGAGUGAAUCUGAGCUGCAGAGCCAGAAUGCACAGCUACGCAGGCGUGUACAGACCCUCCAGGCGCAGCUGAAGCAGAGAGAACAAGCAGAGAAAAGUCAAACCAUGGAGCCUCUCUGCAGCUCUGAAGUGAUGAUUCUGCAGGACGAGCUCACCGUUGCUCAGUCUCAGCUGCAGGAGCUCCAGGGCGACCUCACUGAACUCCGGAAAGCACUGCAGGACACACAGAGCCGGCUGAGAGAGAGCGAGGCGAGGAAUAAAGUCAUCCUGAUAGACCUUGAGGCCACCAGAAGCAGACUGCUGCAGAGCGAGAGAGAGAAGAGCGAGUUGGCCUCCCUCGCCCAUAAGCGACUGGAGGAGAUAGAAAACCUGAACAGGAUCCUUCAGAGCCAUGAUCCCUCCAUUAGCCCUGCUGUUGUCGACUCUCAAACUUCAAAUCAACACUUCAACAAACAGCAGCAGACAGAGGACUCAGCGGCACCCCCCUCUGACCGAAUCAAACACUACCUUCUGUCUCUGGAUCAGCUGGAUCACAAGAACACACAGCAGGAAGAGGAGCAUGAGCCUGCAGAAAGAGACACAUGCAGCCAUCCUAACAUCAGACCUGCUGACUCCAAUGUGCUGCUGCAACAGGAAAAUCAUCGCCGUCAGCUCUUUAGCUCCGCCCCCUCUCUGUGUGACCGUGUAUCUCUGAGCUCUGAUUGGAGCACAAGGUCGGGCUCGACCUUUAACACCAAGGACGAGGCGGCAUUCAGAGACGGGCUGGCUGCUUUGGACGCCAGCAUCGCCAGUCUGCAGAAGACGAUCCAGUUGGACCUGAGGAGGUGAUCGCUGCACUUUAUAGCUUUUAUAUUUAAAAUAUUACGCAUCCACCCUGCUGCAUGCUGUUCUUUUACUUGUUUAAAAUGUCAGAUAUUUAAUAAAGUUAUUCUGAAAUUA